CCCGGCUCCCGGGCCGCGCUACUCCAUGGGCCGCGGGGGCAGCGGAGCCGUCGCCGGCCGCGGAGGAUGGACUGUGACGCUUGCCCACCCAUCUUCUGAAGGGUGCUGACCGGGCAGUCUGGCUCCGCUUAGAGAUCGGAGAACCGUCAUGGACCCCCUCUUGGCCGGCUUCUUGAGGCAUCUGGUGACGCUGCUGCUAGGCCUGUGCGGCAUUCAUCGAGCCAGCGGGGGAGACUGUAAGGGAGAACGGCAAGUGCUGCACAACGCGUCUGGCUACGUGACCGAUGGGCCGGGCAACUACUCAGUCAACGGCAACUGCGAGUGGUUGGUGGAAGCUCCCAGCAGCAGCUACCGCAUCCUCUUGACCUUCAUGUUCAUGGAUACGGAAUGUACCUACGACUACCUCUUCAUUUACGACGGAGAUUCCCCCAGCAGCCCCUUGCUGGCCAGUCUUAGUGGAAGCACUCUGCCCCCCACCAUCGAGGCUACCUCUGGCAAGAUGCUGUUACAUCUGUUCAGUGAUGCCAACUACAACCUUUUGGGCUUCAAUGCCACCUACAGUGUCUCGCUGUGCCCGAUGGGCUGCUCGGGGCACGGGACCUGCGACAAUGACGGGCACUGCACCUGCUUUCCAGAUUGGGGAGGUGCAGAUUGUUCCAUACCUGACUGUGCCACCUAUUGUCAGAACCAUGGAACUUGCAGCCAGGACUUGGGGCGCUGCCAAUGUGAGCCAGGUUUUGUGGGGCAGGCCUGCGAUUUGGCGCUGAGUGAGAACCAAGGAGCCGGCAAAUGGUACAACGUGAGUGCCCGAGAUCCCAGCUUCCGGCCCCGCACAGCUGCUGCUGGCGUCUUCCUAUCGUCUACUGGAGGACUGUAUAUCUUUGGAGGCCUGGAUCUAAACACAGCCCUGGGAGAUCUCGUCUUCUAUAACUUCACCACGAACGUCUGGCAUCGGCGAGUGCUUAGUCCCUCCCCGGCCGCGCGUCACUCUCACACUGCGGUGGCUUGGGAGGGCUUCCUAGUUCUUUUUGGGGGUGAGUUGGCCAGCGGCUCCCUAGCCAACGAUGUCUGGAUGUACCGGCCGCGGGAAGGGCGCUGGCAGGAGCUGCUGCCCACUAACACCACCUGGACUUCUCUGCCUCCUGGACUGGCUGGCCACGCUUCUGCUGUGGUGGACGAAUGGCUGUAUGUAUUUGGAGGGCGCACCUCAGUGGAUGUCUUCUCCUCCCAAAUGUACCGCUUCCACCUCAGGACGUGGCUGUGGGAACUGGUGGUGCCCUCGGGUGGCAAGACUCCUGCAGCUGCAGGCCAUUCCAUGGUGUUCCACUCUGCCUCCCGCACUCUCUUGGUUUAUGGCGGGCACCGACCUUCCACCGCCCGAUUCAGUGUCCGAGUUAACACCGCCGACCUCUUCCACGUGGACCUGCGCUAUUGGAGCACAUUGCACACCAAAGAUUCACAACGGGGUCCUCGAGAGCGGGCAUUCCAUUCUGCCACCGUCAUUGGCAACUACAUGGUUGUGUAUGGGGGGAACGUGCACAUCCAUUACCACGAAGAGAAAUGCUACGAGGAUGAAAUCUUCUUCUACCACUUGGGCUGCCAUCAGUGGGUCUCCAGCCAUGAGCUCGCGCAUCAGAUUCCCCAGGAGCGUGAGGCAAAAGUUCAAGCUCAGGCGCGCGGCCGGUACUCGCAUAUGGCUGCUGUGAUGAACGGAACCGUGUUGCUUGUUGCUGGAGGCUACAGUGGGGUGCCACGGGGUGACUUGUUGGCUUAUAAGGUGCCCACCUUUGUCUUCCAAGUGCCAUCUCUGAUGUACCACCUGGAUUACUGUUCCAUGUACAGGGAGGAAAGCACAUGUGCCAAGGACCCCGAAUGUGCCUGGUGUAGGAACGUUUGCCAGAGCACCCAGCCUCACAGUGUCUGCCCCAACACCGGCUGCUUAGGGUUGGCCCGCCUCUUGGUUGACUGCCAGUCGUGCCUGGCCUUUGGCAGCACCAACGCUUCUCUGCCCCGUGCCCCAGGCCCCUUUGGCUGGUGUGUGCAGAAUGAGUCCUGCAUGCCUCUCUCAGAGCAGGACAGGUGCCUGGUGGAGAAAAUCUCAGACACUUUCGGCUGGUGGGGGCCUCAACCCUUUUUUGUCACUUCCUUGGCGCAGUGCCAGCGCCAGAGUUUUCUGCCCGGCCUUCACUUUAUCACCUACUAUCAACCACGCAACGACUCCCAGCCCGAUAAGGUCAGGAUCGUCCGCAGCGCUAACGUCUCUGUGAACCCCAUUGCCGAAAUGGGCGUCUCGGUAGUCUACAAGGGGUUCAUUCACCCGCUGUUGAACGACCCGGCUCCUGCCAAGGACAUCUCUGUCUGGGCCCGCAUCCAGCGCCUCUCUGUGGUUGCCAAGCUUGCCCGGAGCCCUGGCACAUCAGAGCUGGAGGAAGUUGGCCGCUGGGCAGUGCAACAAGACAACAACAACAACAAACGGUGGUUGCUGCAGCGCCCGGGGGCCGAGCGCCUCUUCCCCAGCCCCGAGAGGGGCAAUAAGUAUGCAGUGCUAGUCGAAGGGCACCGCAACAAUUCUGGCAACGGACAGGCAAGCGAGCUGAUUCUCAUGUGGGACCGAACAGGAGUGCUGGGCGGCAGCGAGAUUUCCUACUUCUUCUUGGAACCGCAUCACUCACAGUUGUGUGCUACUUACCGUUCGUGCCUGGCUUGUCUGACCGACCAGGGGUGUGGCUGGUGCCCUCUCAGUGCCACCUGCCACCAACGCCUGGCGCCGAAGGGUGACACUGGGGCCUGCGGUGCUGAUAGUGUGCACCUCAUCUUGGUUCCAAGCAACUGCAUCCGCUGCGAAGAAUAUCGGGACUGCCACGCUUGUAGCAAGGAUCCAUUCUGUGAAUGGCAAGUAAAUAGCAGCAAGAAAGGGGAUCUCCUCUGCAGUCGCCGAGGCCGGCUUGCCAAUGCGAUCCACUCUCCGCAGGAGUGCCCCAGACUCUGCAAUCAGCGCACCACCUGCACCGAGUGCCUCUCCAACUCCAGCCAGUGUGCCUGGUGCCAAUCCACUCGCAGUUGCUUCUUCUUCGCCGCCUACCUGGCCAAGUACCCCUAUGGGGACUGCCGCGGGUGGUACGACAGCGUUCAUUCUGUGCCUCAGUGCCUUGACUGCACCCACUUCAACACCUGCCGGGAAUGUCUGCAGAACUUCGAAUGCGGUUGGUGUGGAAACUCGGACAACCCGACCCUAGGCAGGUGCCUCCCUGGAGAUUUCUCAGGCCUGACUUCAUUUCUAAACUGCUCAGUGGCUCUCUGGGACUCUCACGGCCUGCCUCCCACACAUCCUGCCCAGUGGUCUUACGGGCAGUGCCCAGACGUGGACGAAUGCCGUUUGGGCCUGGCCAACUGCCAUCCUUACGCCAGCUGCAAGAACACGCCAGAAUCUUUUGAGUGUCACUGUAACAGAGGUUACGCAGGCGACGGUGUGGCCUACUGCAACCAGACCUGCUAUGACGAAUGCGCCCAUGGGGAAUGCAGCGGGCCCCCCAACUUCACCUGUGUGUGUGACCUCGGCUGGACAUCUGAGUCGGGCUUGGGGACCACCAACAGCAGCUCCAGCGGGGUGCAUUGCAACGUGGACUGUGGGUGCCACUUCCACAGCAGCUGCGUGGCAAAGGGGCCAGGGGUUUGCGACGAAUGCCAGAACUGGACGUACGGCGAACGCUGCCACCUUUGCUGGCCAGGGAGCUACGGGAAUGCUACCCAUCCAGGGGGCUGCCGGGAGUGUGCCUGCAAUGGGCACGGCCUGGAGGAGAUGGGCUUUUGCCAUGGGACCAUGGGUGCCUGCUACUGUGCCCCUCCCACUGAGGGGCUGCACUGUGAGCUCUGCGCCCCUGGCUACUACGGGGAUCCCAGAAACGGAGGUGUUUGCUAUCAGGAGUGCGUGGGACGUUCUCUGCUCACCAACCUCUCGUCUUCGUCUUCGCUGAGCUCUCAGCGGGCCGGGGGCCCCCUGCUGGGUGGGCUGUCCUACUGCGUCUGGGUGUUGUCGGCCGGCGAACUCAUGCAGCCCUGCCGGCCUGAGCAGGCCUGCCCAACCAUUAGCCUCACAAUCCAGCCAGACACCCUCUGUAUGAACAAUUACGUCUAUGCCUUCGAUGGUCUGCCCGACUUCCUGAACACAGGCCUGAUCCAGUUGGACCGCACUCUGAUUGGGGCUUUCUGUGGCCAAGGCCGUUCACGCCCCGUCACAGUGGAAGCUCUCUCCGGCCUUCUGGUCAUUUACUACGAGGCCAACUCCAGCGAGGCUUCUGGCUUCAACGCCACCUACACGGUCCAUCGCUGCCGGCCCAGCUGCCACGCCAACCAGGAGUGCGAGGAAGGGCGCUGCGUCUGCAAGGGCAGCUUCACAGGGCCCAGCUGCCAGUUCCAGAUCUGCCCGGGCAACUGCAGUGCCCAUGCCGGGCAAGGGGUCUGCAACAGGAGCCUGGCACUGUGUGUCUGCAGUGAGGGAUUUGCUGGCGCAGACUGCUCCAUCCCACUAGAUGCCGGCAAGAUCGUCUGGGAGACCUUGAUUGACACCCAGCUGACAGCAGACACAGCCAGCCGGUUCCUGCAUCGUUUGGGUCACACCAUGGUGGAGGGGCCAGAUUCCACGCUUUGGAUGUUCGGGGGCAUGUCGCUGCGAGAGGGAAUGCUGGGUAAUGUGUACAGAUACUCCAUCGCUGAACGCCGUUGGACUCAGAUGCUGGCCGGAACGGAGGACAGAGGCCCAGGGCCCAAUCCUCGCUACUUCCACGCAGCGGCCUACAUUCCCUCCUGCAAGGCCAUGUACGUGCUUGGCGGGCUGACUGCCGAUGGGGUGGCCAGUGAUUUCUGGCUGCUGAACCUCACCACUUUACAGUGGAGACUCGUGCAGGACUCCCUGAUCCCAGCUGUGGCAGGGCACACACUUACAGCCCGUCAGGGCUCUUCCUUGCUCCUCAUUGGUGGCUAUUCUCCUGAAAACGGCUUCAACAAGAAACUACUGGAAUAUAACGUGGUGACAGAGAGCUGGCAUGCUGGGAACCAGGCUGGGACACCGCCAACAGGUCUGUACGGGCACUCGGCUGUGUACCAUGAAGGCACCGAUGCCGUCUAUGUCUUCGGCGGCCACCGCUUCCAUGUGGAAAUCGUUUCAGCAUCCCCAGAGCUCUACAGCCUUUAUUACCCCAACCUGACAUGGAGUCUGCUGGCCCCCUCGCAAGGACCAAAGCCGCUAGCUCACUUCUUCCAUGUGGCUGCAGUGCUAAAGGACACAAUGGUCGUGAUCGGAGGCCGUACGGAGCGUGAGAAUUUCACCAACCACCUUUUCUUCUACCAGCUGAACUGCAACACCUGGAUCCUUCCCAACAGCACGGCAGAAGCAGUGGUGGGCGAGCCCAUCAUGGAGUCUAUCGCCCACGCCGUGGCUGCUGUCGAAGGCCGGAUAUACCUCUCAGGGGGCUUCAAUGGUGUGGCACUGGGGCGGAUGGUGGCUCUCUCUGUGCCCUCCGACCCUUGCCUCAUUUUCUCCAGCUCUGAAGCCUGCAACGGAUCCAGCGCGAGCUGCACGUGGUGCCGAGCCAGCUGCCUCUCUGCUGAUACUGCUGAGAGGCUGGGCUGUUCCUUCGGAGGGGCCUCCUGCUUCCCCACCCCCAGGUCUGCGGAUGAGUGUCGGCGGCUUCGAACAUGUAGCGAGUGCCUCGCUCAGCACCCCCGGGCCAUGGCCCACAGUCUCGGUAUUCCCGCCUUACCGCAGUGUAAAUGGUGCACCAACUGCCCCGAGGGGGCCUGCAUCGGCAGCAGCGGCAGCUGCACUUCGGAGAACGACUGCCGCAUCAACCAGCGCGAGAUCUUUGUGGCCAGCAACUGUUCGGAGAUCUCGUGCGAGGCCUCGGACUGCGCCAAGUGCACCGCUUCGGGGAAGUGCAUGUGGACCCGCCAGUUCAAACGCACCGGGGAGACGCGGCGCAUCCUCAGCGUCCAGCCCACGUACGACUGGACCUGCUUCAGCCACUCGCUCCUCAACGUCUCCCCGAUGCCCGUGGAGUCCUCACCUCCGCUGGCCUGCCCCACCCCCUGCCACAACCACAGCACCUGCGGGGAGUGCCUGAGUUCCAAAGGGGCCGACGGGGGCUGGCAACAGUGCGUCUGGAGCAUCAGCUUGCAGCAGUGCAUGAGUCCCACUUACCUGCCCAUGCGCUGCGCGGCUGGGAUGUGCGGCCGGGUGCUGAGCGGGGCUGAGAGCUGCUCCCCGUCCUGUUCACACUUCCAGCAGUGUGCCCUGUGUAUCCAGCAGCCCCGGUGUGGCUGGUGCAGCCUCUGGGGCGAGAAUGGCAAGGGGCGCUGUAUGGAGGGUGGCCUGAGUGGCUCUCGCCGUGGAGAAUCUCCGUUGUGCAAUAUGGAGGCAGACUGGGCAUUCAUGGCGUGCCCUCCGGAGAACGAGUGCCUGAACGGGCACCACGACUGCAACGAGACGCAGAACUGCAACGACCUGCCCCACGGGUACAAGUGCACGUGCAAGAACGGCUACAUGCUGGACAAUGCGACUGGGCUUUGCAAGCCGGUUUGUGACCAGGGCUGCGUGAACGGGACCUGCGUGGAGCCCAACGCCUGCCAGUGUCACUUUGGCUACGUGGGGCAGAACUGCUCAGUGGAGUGCCAGUGCAACAAGCAUAGCAACUGCCAGGGCGUGGAGGCACAGGAUCAGUGCGUGGAGUGCUUCAACAAUACCAUGGGAGAACACUGUGAAAAGUGCCAGCCGCUCUUCGUCGGUUCAGCCUUGAAUGGAGGGUCCUGCCGCCCGUGCCAUGCUUUCUGCCGGGGCAACAGCAAUAUCUGCAUCACACAGGAAGAGUACGAGAGAGCCCGCCGGGACCCUGCCCGCUACCCGCUGGAGCCUGCCUUGAUCCCCAAGUGGGUAGCAGAAGGACCAGCCGAGGACGUGGCUGUCUGUGUGAACUGUCAGAACAACAGCUUUGGGGAGAAAUGUGAGAGCUGUCUGCAAGGCUACUUCCUGCUGGAGGGGAAGUGUACCAAAUGCCAGUGCAACGGCCACGCCGACUCUUGCAACGAACUGGAUGGGACGAACUGCCCCUGCCAGAAUAACACCGAGACUGGACCUUGCCAGAACAGCGCCCAGUCCGACAAAAAGGACUGUUACAAAUACCAGUGUGCCAAGUGCCGUGAAUUUUUCCAUGGGAACCCAGUAGGUGGGCACCAGUGCUAUCGGCUGAUUAUUGUGGAUCAAGAGAGCUGCUUUGACCCCACCUCCCAGGUCAACUGCUUUCACGAGCCCAACAUCAAGAACUUGCCACUUGGACGCACUGUCUUCUUCGGUGUCCAGCCCAAGUUCACCAACGUGGACAUUCGCAUCACCAUCGACGUGACGUUUGGCGGUGUGGAUGUCUACAUCUCCACGUCGUAUGAGACGUUUGCCGUGGACGUGGAUCGGGUCACAGGCAUGCACUCCGUACGGGUGGUGUCGCCGGUCGAUGAAGCGACCGGACGCGGCGGUGCAAAUAACGGAAGCCAGACUUCGCCGCCCGUGCGAGAGAAACAUACCCAUGGCCUCAUCACUUACAUCACCGUGCGAGCGCAGCAUUCCGUGCUGAUCGUCCGAGGUGUUCGAGACCGCGUUGUCAUCACCUACCCCCAUGAGAUCCACGCCCUCAAAUCCAGCCGGUUCUACAUUGUCUUGCUGGGGGUUGGGGGCACCAGCCCCAACGUCACAGAGUCCCAGGGGCUGCUGUCCUUCCGGCAGGACCAGGCCCACAUCGAUCUCUUUGUCUUCUUCUCCGUCUUCUUCUCUUGCUUCUUCCUCUUCCUCUCGGUUUGUGUCCUGCUUUGGAAGGUCAAGCAGUUCCUGGACUUGCGGCAUGAGCAACGGCGCCACCUACAGGAGAUGACCAAGAUGGCCAGCCGGCCCUUUGCCAAGGUGACCAUUUACUUUGAGCCCGACACCCUGGGUGCGGCUGCUGAGCUGAUUUUCUUGCCCGCCCGCCCCCACAAGCAUCCAGCACUGGCUGCCGCCCAGCCCCUGCCCAGCCGCCUGAAACCUUACCACGAGGUGCCCUACCCCGUGGCUCACUUCCGCCGCUCAGAGCCUUUCCUCUCCCACCUCAUGGGCUACUCCUACUCUAGCUUUCGGGUGGGGCCCAUCACCUUGGAGCCCACGGACGACGGCAUGGCUGGGGUGGCCACUGUCCUCUUUCAGCUGCCAGGAGGGCUGCACGCCCCAAACCGUGCCUGCCUCGGCUCAGCCCUCGUCACUCUGCGCCACAACCUUCAGGACUACUGCAGCAGCAGCCAUGGAGUCAGCAGCUCCCGAAAAGGGAUCCUCAGCCACGAGAACCUCACGAGCAUGUCCCUGUGAACUACUGGAGGUGGGGUGGCUCUGGCAGGCUUUGAAAGGGUGGGACGCGUUGCUUCUGCCAUGCUUCUCAGUCUGUACUUGCAUCAGCGAGAUGCCCGAGAAAUGGUUGAGGCCGUGACCAGGAAGAGGAGCAGCAGCUCCAUGAGGGAUAUGAGGAAGCCCCUGCCCGCAUGUCGAGGACACGGACAUAACCAUCAAGCAGGGGCCGCUGUUCUCAUGCGUCUCAAAGGCAGGGGGCAGACUCAUAUUGUGGUUGCUCACAAUUCGCUGUGGCUGCUCCCUCCCCGUUUUCCUUGUGUGGAUCACACAGCUGCACAGGAGCGGCUGGACCAGAGGGGCAUGCAGGAGUGAUUGUCGGCCAAAUACUCUCCCUUAUGGUAUGGGAAAGAAGCGUAAGGAGGAGGGAGGAGGGCAGAGAUUCCUGAUGCCCGUGUGCAUGUGGUAGGUUGGUUUUUUUUUUUUUUAAAUGAGCAAUUUCCCUCUUGCUUUCCAUUUACUUUGGUCUUUUAGACAGUAUUCCCCCACCCCUCGGAAGGUAAUAAAGAAGGCUGUCCACCGUU